GCUACGGGACGGAUGCCAACCGCCGUAAAACUCCAAAGAAGAAGCUGAACCGGAAGCGCUGCUGACAACAUGCGGCAACAUGGCGUCUGUGUUUUUCCGCCGGUGAAGGAGUUUAUUUGGUGUUGAUCCAUGAACAGCUCUUCUGACUGUUUUUAUUCUGACUCGGUGGACUACAGUGCUCAUGGAGUUAGCUUAGCAUGCUAGCUGUUAGCGGAAGUUAGCAUCACAGAGCAGCUGUCGGAGAGACUGAAGAUGUGUAAAGUCCAAAUGCUGAGAGCGUUGGUGAAGCAGCGACUAACUGCGGCUGAUGAAGAGAUAUUUGGGCUGUUUGAAAGAACGAUAGCAGAGUACGAGGAGCAACUUUGUCACUCAAAAGAGGAGAACGAGCGACAACGGAAACUACUGGACGCUGUUUACAACCCUCAGCUCAGGUUACACAGAGCAGACGUCCAGCAGCUGUUGGUGGUUAAAGAAGAGGUUCCCCCUGAGCAGCAGGAGUGGAGCUCCAGUGUGGACCAGGAGGACCCAGAGCCCCCACACAUUAAAGAGGAAGAGGAGGAACUGCUCCACAGUAUGCUGGAGGAGGCUGACAUCACCAAGUUCACAUUCACUCCUGUCCCUGUGAAGAGUGAAGAUGAUGAAGAGAAACCUCAGUCUGAGGGACACCACUGUGGAGGACCAGGACCAGACAGGGACUCAGGUCUAGACACUGAUGACAGGACCAGAGACUGUUCUGAGAGUCACGUGGGUGACUAUCAGACGGAUCCUGGUGAACCUCCUUCAGCUCCGCUAAUCGACAGUGUCCCUGUCAGCAAUGAGGGACGUCAUGCUGGAGAGAAACCGUUCAACUGCUCCGUGUGUGGGAAAGGGUUUCACUCCAAGACAAACCUGAACAUCCACAUGAGGGUCCACACUGGAGAGAACCCGUUUGGUUGCUCCGUCUGCGGACGUAGAUUCAACCAGAAGCAGAACCUGAUGCGUCACAUGACGCGUCACACGGGAGAGAGACCAUACUGUUGCUCCAUCUGUAAGAAACGGUUCAAAUACAGCGGAGACGUUGGACGACACAUGAGGAUCCAUGCACGACAGAGAAAGUCCACUUCCUGUGUGACUGAUCACAUGACCACAGACAGUGACGGGCAGCACACAGAAGAGAACCCAUUCACCUGCUUCUUGUGUGAUGAGGGCUUCUCUCUGUGGGUGGACUUAAUGCGACACAUGACGCGUCACACAGUAGAGAAACCGUCUACUUCCUGUGUUGCUCAGACAGAACCAGAAAGACAAUUAAAAUUAGGAAGUGAUGACACGUCAGUUGAGACUGACAUCCAUCAGACCGGAGAGCCUCAGUCAGGUUCAGACUCUACAAAGGCGCCACAAAGUGGCAGCAGGAAGUUGUUUAUUUGCUCCGAGUGUGGGAAACGAUUCGGCACCAGGACGAACCUGAAGGUUCACAUGAGAGUUCACACUGGAGAGAAACCCUUCAGCUGCUCUGUUUGCAGGAAAGGCUUCACCCAGAAGGCCAAUUUACUUCGUCACAUUCCCUGCCACACAGGAGAGAAACCGUACAGCUGUCCUUCCUGCCAUAAGCACUUCAGGUGUGAGCCGUAUGUUGAGAGACACAUGAGAAUCCACCACCAAGGAAAACUGUUUACUUCUUGUGUGAGCAACAUGGCAGCAACUAACGACAGGAAGUCGUGCAUCUGUUCUGAGUGCGGGAAAAGAUUUGGCAACAAGACGAACCUGAAGAUCCACAUGGUUGUCCACACCAGAGAGAAACCAUUCAGCUGCACGGUCUGUGGCGCCAAGUUUACGCAGAAGUCCAACCUGAGGCGUCACAUGACCCGUCACACAGGAGAGAAACCGCAUAGUUGUCCCGUCUGUCACAGAUGCUUCAGGUUCAAAGGAGACGUCAGGAGACACAUGAAGGUCCACACCAGGGAGGGGCAGUCUGCUUUCUGUGUGGACGAAGCAAAGAAGCAGAUGGAGCUCCCACCUGUCCCACUAAGGGGCGAGGAUGAUGAAGACAGACUCCAGUCUUCACAGAUGACGACAGACGCUGACGAAGGAGAUGGUGGAGAACCAGAUCCUGAGGACCAAGAGGAAGGAGGGAAGGAAGUCCCCGUCAGCGAGGAGACGUCAGAGAAACCACUCAGCUGCUCCCUCUGCGGGAAGACCUUCACCCGACGGUACUCGCUGUCUGUCCACAUGAGAUUCCACACAGGAGAGAAACCCUUUAGCUGCUCCGUCUGUGCCAAACGCUUCGUCCAGCGCUAUCACUUCCUGGAACACACACGGCACCACACAGGUGAGAACACGUUCGACUGCGCCGUGUGUGGCAGAAAGUUCGGUCACAGGUUCCGUCUAGCAAACCACAUGAAAACGCACACGGGGGAGAAACCGCUCAGCUGCCUGCUGUGUGGGAAAGGAUACCGGUACAAAGGAGAGCUGGUGGAACACAUGAGGGUUCACUCGGGGGAGAAACCGUUCAGCUGCUCCAUCUGCAGCAGGAAGUUCCGUCUCAAGUACAUCCUGAAGAACCACAUGAGAAUCCACAGCAGCGAGUUCCCCUUCAGCUGCUCACGCUGUGGGCGGGGCUUCAGGCAGAAGGGGAAUCUGAAUAAACACAUGGCGAUGCACGAGGCGGAGGACGUCCCGCCACAGUGACGAGGACAGAAGACACAGACUUUAGUGUUUGAGAUACUGCAGCUGUCGAGUUCAUCAGGACGCCGUCAGGUUCACUGUGGACUGUGAGACGUGUGUCCAUCAUUAGACGGACAGACAGACAGACAGAGACAGAGAAGGACUGAGACCAAGACAGAGACAGACAUACACACAGACAGAGACAGAGGGUGGGGCUGGGGUGAGACUAUACCAAAUAUCAUUAAGAUGUCCAAAAAGUUUUAAUAUUUCCAAAAAAAAAAAAGUUGAUAAAAUUUUUGAUAAAAGUUAGCCUCUGGUCAGUUUAGAGUUUCGACCGCAGACACUCACUGUCAGUGAAAUGUCUGAAAAAUAUAAUUACAACAUUUUAGGUAGGGCUGCAACUAACGAUUAUUUUCAUUGUCGACUAAUCUGUCGAUUAUUUCUUCGAUUAGUCGACUAAUCAUUUCAUCAAAAAAUGUGUUAAAAUGUUGAAAAUGUCGGUCUGUUUCCCCCAAACCUCAAAAUUAUGUCAUCCAGUGUCUUGUUUCAUACUCAUGCCAAAGGGUUUUAGUUCACCGUCAUGGGAGAGUGUGUAAAGCUGCCAAUAUUUCAACAUAAGAAGCUGCAAUAAGAGUAUUUUGGGGUACUUUUAUAGUACUUUUUUAUGAAAAGACUCAAACCGAUUAAUCGAUUACUAAAAUAGUCACCGAUUAUUUUAAUAGUCGAUUAGUCAUCAAUUAGUCGAUUAAUCGUUGCAGCCCUAAUUUUAGGAGAUGAAUUCUGACAUGUUUUCCUCUCAUCACCCCAAAAAACACGUGGCUCCCAGCCUGUCAGACACCAGUGGUAACAUGAGCUGGAUUUAACACAGUGAUGUCAUCAGCACACGAUGACGUCAGGGACUUUUUCAUUUGUCAGUACAUGUCAUAAAGACGAAACUCAAACUGAUCUAAGCUCGGACACCAGACGGCACUGGGACUCGACCCAAGUGUAGGACAGAGACAGUGUGACCAGGAACCUUUGUGUCCUGACCCUCAGACCCUGACCAUUGAUGCAGGGUCUGGACCCCCUCAGGUCUGGACCCUGAUAAACUGACCCACUAAGAAUUCUCAGUCCUGUUUUUGUUCUCCAGCAAAAUUUCAUCUGAGCUGCAGUCGUAUUGGUAGUUAAUAAAACAUCUGCUGCCCCCUGCUGUGUGUAUUUACAUAUGAAUAAAUGAAAAACCUAUUUUGGUUUUACUGUGAAGAGACUUUA